CUACUUUCACCUUUCAAAAUCUUUUCUAGAGCAGAUAUCCUCGUCUGCUAGACCCGAUACUCCCCACGGUAUCGGUAUCUGUCAGUUCGAGGACUAAAACAGAUCGCCAACAUUCCGUUCGAUCUGUUCUUCGUUCUCCUGUCCGCGCGCCCCCCCUAACAUCCCCUCACUGGGAAAGGUAUUUUUUUAAAAAUCGUCCUUUUGGCUGGCUGAUUAGCCAGCUCAUUUCGCCUUUCGAUAAACGGGCCUUCUCCUUCUCAGGCGGACACCGCAUUGUCCCCUGGGUGGCAGAUUGUGCUUCAUACGGCUUUAGUCGUCCCAGCUUAAGCCACGUCGUGUUCCAUCUUCGCUGACGAGUUAUACAAUUUUCAAAAAAAGAAGACAAAAAAUUUCUCGUACCAGUCUUUCGCUCUCAAACUUUUACUAUCAACAGCUCAGACGCUUGAACUCCUACGGAUAUGGUGUUCAUUGGUAUCCCCAAGAAUUAUACAACUUCACCGUCCUCAUUUAUCGGGACUCCGUCUUUGACUAUCAAUCAUGAAGCUGUCGUCGACCUUGAUAGCUCCAAUGCGUUCGAAGGCCCCGAGAAAUUGCUAGAGGUCUGGUUUGCUCCCGCCGCCGACAAUUUACUCGGUGGGACUGAUCCCCGUGGUCUCAAAGCUGUUCCUGCUGAAAUAUGGAAGGACAUGCUUGACUUGGUGAACUGCAAGGUGCUGUCAAUCGUCGAGUCGGAUGAUGUCGAUGCCUACCUAUUGUCCGAGUCUAGCAUGUUUGUUUGGCGCCACAAGCUUAUCCUGAAAACCUGCGGUACUACUACGUUAUUGUAUGGUCUUCCACGCAUCUUGGAGAUUGCUGCCUUGUUCGCUGGGUUCCCCAAGUCCACCGCGCCUCCAUGUCGUAACAUCUCUGUUGCGGCCGCUCCCUAUCGUGUCUUCUACAGUCGGAAGAAUUUCCUUUUCCCCGAUCGUCAGCGUGGCCCGCAUAGGAGCUGGCGCGAUGAGGUCAAGAACCUGGACAAACUCUUUGCAAACGGCAGCGCUUACAUGAUUGGUAAAAUGAACGGCGAACAUUGGUACCUCUACCUCACUGAACCCUACACCUCGUUGACACCGCCAGCGAGCCCGCCUCGCGAGACUGAAACUCGCGUGCUCAACAUUCCGGCGGAUCUUGAAAGCAAGAGAGCGAAUGCUGGAUCUCACGAAGAAGAAGACGAAACUCUUGAAAUUCUAAUGACGGAUUUGGAAGAGGAGAAUGCCGAGCAAUUCUACCUCGACCAUGCGAGUGCGGUCGCAGACAUCCGUUAUCGGAAGAUCGAGAAGGAAAAGGACGAACUUGUGGACGUAUUUAGCAAUACGUCUUCUGACAUGAGCGAUCCCGACUCCGAUGGUGAACAACAGCACACUCUGCCUCCUGAAUUGACCACCGAAGGCCAUGCCCUUGGUACUGUCGUAUCCGAGUCGUGCGGUUUGGCUGAUGUCUAUCCCACUAGCAAAUAUCCCGAUUCCCGCAUCGACGCCUAUCUCUUCACGCCAUGCGGCUUCUCUGCAAAUGGUGUCGUGCCUGCACCUGACGGCAAGUCUGGCACCCAUUAUUUCACCGUCCACGUUACCCCGGAGCCCCACUGCUCCUACGCGUCCUUUGAGACGAACGUGCCUCACGCUCAGAGUGGUCGGGAAACUGCAGAUAUUGUUAAGCAUGUCGUUGACAUCUUCAAGCCCGGUCGCUUCACUGUUACGCUGUUCGAAGCGAAGCCUUCGGAUGAGUUCCUGAGCGAGAAAAAGUAUGAUCGCUCAGCGAUUCUCCGGGCUCAGAAGAUGGAGAAUAUCCCUGGAUAUCGUCGUGUGGAUCGCAUCGUUCAUGAUUUGGAUGGAUACGAUCUAGUCUUCCGUUACUAUGAACGUAAUGACUGGAAGGGAGGAGCCCCACGGAUUGGAGAACUCUAAACGGAACAACGUCUAUUCAGAUUGCUAUUCGCCUGCUGAUUUCAUGUUUUCUCAUUGCACGUAUCAGUCCUUACCGCUCAAUACCUGCUGCGUUGAAUGAGCUUAGUUUUCGUCUUUCCACUUUCGAAUUUUCAAUACCUGCCCGUUUGCCAAUAGUUUUUGUUUCGGGCAUCUCGCAUCCAUUCAUUUUCAGCUGCUGUUGUCUUGUUAGUCUGUAUUUACUGCAUAGUUAGUGUAUUGAACAGCCAUCAAUUGAACUCAACCGUCGAUAAUGAUCUUGAACCGUGCUUUUCCUAAGUUAUUAAACGUGUCA